AUGGCUAGCAAUGCGAGUUCCAGCGAAGAGGAAUCGGAAGACGAAGCAGAGGAGGAGUCUGAGGAAGAAAUCCCGAUUCCACGACCGCGAAAAACGGCCAAAACUCCGAAAGCAGCGAAAUCGGCAAAAGCAACUCCGGCGAAAAAGGGACCGACUGCGGUGAAACCGGCGUCGGUGAAGCCAGAAAGGCCGGACGAUGAAAACGAUUACGUGAUCGGAGAUAAUGAUGAUCCGUACUCGCUGUUCUUUGAUAACAUCGUGCUGCUAACAGAUAGCGAUGGAGACCCGAUUUCCGGGCCGUUUUUGCAGCUCCCCUCGAAGAAACAAUAUCCUGAUUAUUAUGAAGAUAUUACACAGCCGAUCGCGUUGGACAAAAUCCGCCAGAAGGUGAUAAAAGGGCGAUACAAAAACCUCGAGCAGAUGGAAGACGACAUCGUGCUCAUGUGCAACAACGCUCGAGAAUACAACAUGGAGGGGUCGCAAAUCUUCAUGGACGCGACGCAAAUGAUGCGAGUCGCCAGGACGAAGAGAAUCGAGAUCGAGGCGCAGUUCGGCGAUCAAAUGUCUGAAGGCUCCGCGUCGCCAAAACCUUCGCCGAAGAAAAAAGAGCCAAAGAAAAAGGGGCGCAAGUCGCAUAAUUCCGCGCAGGACAACAACGAAGAAAGAGCCAAAGGAAAUCGUCUCCAGCGAUCUGUCUACAACGCGCUUUUUAGCCAGAAAGAUCCAACCGGGCGGCAAGUUUGCGCGCUCUUCAUGGUCAAACCCGAUCCGGAAAUCUACCCAGACUACUACCAGAUCAUCAAGGAGCCGAUGGACAUGGGCAGCAUCGACAAAAAGAUCUCCAGCGGGCAGUACUCUUCUCUCGAAGAACUAAUGCAGGACAUUAGUCUUAUGUGCAAAAACGCCAAACAAUACAACGAGCCAAACUCCCAAGUCUUCAUCGACGCCAAUAUUCUCGAACAAGUAGCUACCAACAAGGUCAAAGAGAUUUGCCAAAAGAAGAACAUCCCUGUCACUCCGGAGAAGGUAGGAAAAGCGGAGACAAUGACUCAACCUGGCUGGAGAGCCGGACCAAAGACCAAGUACGAUUUCAUCCUUCACCGAGUCAAUAAGCAAGAAGACGGAAUGGGGCGAAAUCUCGCGAUGAUGUUUCAAUCGCUGCCAUCGAAAAUCGAGCUGCCGGACUAUUAUCGCGUCGUGAAGCGACCAAUGGAUCUGGAUAAAAUCCAAGCGCGGGUGAAAAAAAUCCCAGAGGAAAACGGCUACAAGAACAUUGAAGAAUUCAUGGAAGAACUCCUACUUGUCUUCGAAAACGCGACGAUUUAUAACGAGCCCGGUUCGACGAUCUACCAGGAUGCGCUGAUUCUCCACAAGGUGGCGAUCGACUGUUUGCACAUGAUCGAAAACGGAACGCGGGAAGAUCCAAAUCCAGUGUUCAAAAUUCAGGAUCCUCAAAGCUUCCUUCAGCAGAUGAUGCGCGAUUUGCAGAAACACAUGUUGUCGAAUUCGAACUUUCAAAAGAUCGAAGAAGUCCUCGCCGAUUUUAUUCCAGUGGAGAGAAAUCGACCGAGAAAAUUGGGAGACAUUGGCGUUUGGCUUGACGCGAAGCGAUACAGAAGACUCGACGUCUAUCAAGGACAUGUUUUCUCGCUCUUUGAGGCGAUUCGCGAACGAUGUGAGCCGGGAGAUGAGAUUUGGAAGCUUUCGCUGGAGCUGCACAAGCAAUUUAUCGAAAAACGAGAUGUUUUGACAAAAAGCGGACAGCUUUAUUCCUCCCCUGCUUGUGCUUAUGGCCUGGGGGAUAUAGAAGACUCCCUGGAAGAUCUGAAAAAGCGACGUGAAGAAGGAGACUUUUCCCCGCAAAACGGCGAGACAUGGGACGUCGACGCAAUGUCAAACAUGUUCCAAGUAGAAACAGAAGAUAUCGAGACCGAAAUCAACCUUGGCAACGACGGCUGUACCUAUUUCCUGCAAUAUCACAUGCCCCACCCGCAGCAAAACAUGCCUCCGAUUCUCUACAAAAUCGACGACUGCGUUUACCUCUCGGUAAACGACACCCGCGGGCCAAGAAUCGCCAGGAUUGUCAAAAUCUGGAAGGAUCAUCAAAACAACGUCAUGUGCAAAGCCAUUAUGUACCACCGCCCCGAAGAGUGCCAACACGAGCCAGUGCGAAACUUUCACUUCAAAGAACUCAUCAUGACUGGAACGGAGCACAUAAUUCCGAUGCAUACGAUUCGCGGAAAAUGCUGCGUCCUCGUCAAGCCUGACUUCCAAACAAUGCGACCAGUGAAUAUCCAGGAAAAUCACGUGUACUUCCACGAGGCGAACUACAAAGAAUUCAUCGAAAACGGACAGCCGAAAUUGAUGCUGAAAAAGAUUCGAAGCUUCAAGCGUUAUUCUCCGUCGAACCGCGUCGUCGACGACGAGUACUUUUACUUCACCGACAAGCCGAUUCCGCUGCUCCCGACUCCUUCGCCACGGCUCGAUCAAAUGGUCAAAGCGGAAAUUCGCAAACGAACAUUCGAAGCGCAGCAAAACGGAGCUGCAACUCCAGCGCAGCACCAACAGCCUCAGCACCACCCGCACCAGGGCUUUCCUCCUCGACCGGGUUUUGCGCCGCAAAUGCAUGCUCGUCCGCCGAUGCAUCCUGGAUCGCCUUAUCAUCACCCUGGCUCGCCAGUUCCACCGCCGGGAUUCAUGCAUAGAAUGCCGAUGCCACAUCUUCAGAGGCCGCCAAUGUCCCACAGCCCUCAUCCAUUCGCUAAUUCCCCUGGGCCGAGCUAUCCGGCAAUUUCUUCUCCUGUACCUAUACAGAGAGCGCCGUUUACUCCCCAAAUGCAGCAAACGCAAAGCUCUCGAACCGAAACACCCAAAACAGGCAAAAGAACGAAGGGAAGCACGAAAGGUUCUGGCUUAUCUCAAACUGGAUACACUCUCUUCACAGCCGCGGUUAAUAAACAAGUUCGAGAGGAAAACCCGCAAUCUGGCUUUGGCGAUUUGUCAAAGAUCAUCGGAGAGCGUUGGCGAGCGCUUUCUGCUGAAGAGAAGAAGGAAUAUGAAGAUAAGGCCAAAGCAAAGGUCGCGGAGGCGCAGAAAAGACUCGACCAACAGAAAGUCGAAGACAAGCGACGCCGCGAAAUGGAAAUGCUCGAAUCUGACUCCGUCGGCGAAGAUUCUAACCACUCGCAGGGGUUUGGGGCAAAUCAGGAGACAUUUGAGGGGUCUCAAAGCGACAUUACAAGCAAACAUGAGAAAAAACACCGAACGCUCGCAGAUUUACAUGAUUUACAAGCAAAAUUGAUAAAAACAAAGCAAGUGCACAGUGACGCAUUAAAUUCUGUGAAAUCGCUGAGAAACAAACUUAUAAAAGGAAAAAUACCAAUCGCACCGAUUGAUGAUUUUGCGACUAUCCUUGAGCCAGUCGAAUUUCCCGAGGCAAGUACUCAACAAAAGACAAAGGAAGCAAAUAGAACUCUUGGGAACCUCAAGCCUGUCAAGAUAUCAAGUUUAAAUACUUCUUCCACAUUCCAGCCUCAAAGCCCUGGCCAAGCAAAUGGACACCCGCCUCCAGCAACACCGCAACAGUACGUCGCAGCAAAUCCAAUCGCACAAGCUCAAACCGUCGCUCAAACACACACCGUCACUAGAAUUGCUCAGAGCCCGAUGAAACCCCACACAAACGUUCGACAAGGAGAAAUUCAAUCACGAGCGAUUGGACCGUUGGUAACGAAUCCUCCCAAACCGACGAGGGUUCUUCACUCGGAUGCUUAUAUGAAGUACAUGGAAGGUUUGGACGGUGGAAAGCCACCUGCUUCGAAGUGGGACAAGAUGAUCGCUUCUGUUCAUCCUCAGCGAGCAGAAACGAUGAAUCUUCCAACGCACUGGCUACGAAACCAGGGCAACCACCGAAGCCUGAAGCAAGCCCUCGUUCAUCUGAAAGACGUCCUCCUCCGCGAUGCUGUGAAUCCGCAGUCGAAUACAGAAUGCUAA